GUAUCUCCUGAGAUCAAGUACUUUAAAACCAAAAUCACCUACAUCCAACAACCCGUUCCAUAACAAACGUCAUUAUGGUUGCACACUCUGGAGGUAUUACGAACGGCCACCCUGGCUCGGUUCGUUCCCGAAAUCUCGCCCUAUUCAGUAUCUUUGGCAUGAUUGCCGGCGCCGCUCUAGUCUUUCGCGCCCAGUCCCCCAGCAAGGAUGAGAAGCUGUUCUCAAACAAAGAAGCCCAAACGAUGGUUGGUGGGCAAACGGGAGAGGACCGAGUGGGACGGGCACCAAGCCAUCAGCCCAAGAACUGAUCUGAAGGAUUACUAUGAAUGUUAUGAUUAUGGAGAUGUGACUUUACUGUACUUGUAUAUAAAUCGAAUGGCUGGGCUGUAUCGCAUG